AGAAGUGUAAAUUUCAUAUUGUUGAUUGGUUAUUUCUAGAUAAUAAUUAUAAAACAUAAAUAAAAUACACUACCAACAUUUUAAAAUCCAAUUCGUAUUUAUAUUUCACAACAGCAAAAUUAUUAUAGUUUCGAUAUUCCUUAGGCUCAGGUUAUAAACCAAAAUAUCUGAGAAGAAAUUGGAGAGGUCCAAAUUCAACUCAGCAAUAUGGCAUUAGUGGAACACGGAAAAAUUAUUGAAUUUCUUGAAUUAGUUGGUCGUCUAAAGCAUAUUAAACGAACAGGAUGGCUGCUCUGCGAUAUAAAUGAUUGUGAAACCAUUGCUGGCCACAUGUAUAGAAUGGGCCUUAUGACAUUCCUCCUAACUGAAGAAAAUAAUCCUACAAAAUUAGACCGAUUUAAAUGUCUGCAAAUUGCACUUAUCCACGAUUUAGCAGAAUGUAUUGUGGGAGACCUUACUCCUCAUUGUGGAGUUUCACCAGAAGAGAAGCAUAGAAGAGAGGAAGAAGCUAUGAAACAGAUAGCUGAACUCACAGGAAUAGCUGGUGAUAGGAUGUAUAAUCUCUAUAUGGAAUAUGAAACUCAAAGUUCUCCAGAAGCAAAGUUUGCCAAAGAUUUAGACAGAUAUGACAUGAUUCUGCAAGCGUUUGAAUAUGAGAAGAGAGAAAAUUCACCAAAAAUAUUAGAAGAAUUUUUCACUUCAACAUAUGGGAAGUUUACCCAUCCAUUUAUUCAAGAUUUGGCUAAGGAGCUUUAUAAGCAACGUGAUGAAUUUGCAAACAAUCAUUCGGGGAUUGGGGCAACAACUUAACUCCAUUGAAUUUAUAUUAUGAGUCAGUUAAAAAGUUACCGAGGCCUAAUUUAAUACAAAAUCUUUAAUAGAGGUAAUGCAUUUUUAUAUCACACAUAAAAAAUAUGAAAAUGCAGUGAUAUACUAUCCAAAUACGCAUAGUAUUUAUAUGUAAGUAGGUAGAAAUGUAUUAAUUUUAAGUAAAACAAAGCUUUCAAAGCUCGAAUUUUUCUGUACAAUUGAUAUUGAAAUAUUUCACAUGAAAUUUUAUGAGGCACAUAAUUUUUAUUUUAUUUAUCUAUCUGUCUUUUUAGUUUUUGUCUUUACAUUUUUAGUUAUAGUUUAUUAAUGUACUUACUCAAAAUUUACAUUAUCAAAAUGUUCUAUAGCUCUUACUUGAUUUAGUUUUCAUUAAAUAUAUCCAGCUAAAUAAUAGGGAUCUAUAGUCAACAAAGAACUGUACAAUUGUCUGUCCCUGGUUUAGCUCAAAAACAACUGAUACAAGGAAGUUGCAAUAUGGCAUGUAGUUAAUAUAGAAUAUGUGUUCAUGACGUCGAAAAGUUUUUUUUUUUGGUCUUCCACAUACUGUGGGGUUUCAAUAGUUUUUUCAGUGGCAAUACACCUAUUGUGACUUAUUAAUUCAAACAUGCAAACAAUUCAACAAUUACUUAAGCAUAAUAAUUACCUAUUUAUUUUUACAAUCCUUUGUCGUUCUAUGCAAAACGCUUCAUGUAUUUAAAUAUAAAAAGUAAUUUAAACUGAAUUUUGUUCUAUAUAGUUCCAUAAACUAAAAAUGGCUUUUUUAAACACAAUAUUAUAUUCUAUAUCUGUAAAGGCAUAAUUGUUCCAUUAUAUGAAGCAGUAUUUGUGCAAUAUAUUUCAAAAUGCAAUAAAUUAUUUUAUAUUAUAUAAAUACUUCAAUACUACACUUCAUUGUUUUUUUUUUUAGUUGUGAGUAAUUUUUUAAGAUCGUCGGUACGUACCGCAUUCUUUAACUAUUGUCUUUUAAUGCAAUGCAUUUCAAUAAUAUAUCCUUAACUGAAUUAACAGCCUUGAAAA